AUGUAUUUGACAAACUGCCCUUUUCAAAUCCCAGGCACACUGGACAUUCCAGCGGGAGCUGUAAUGGGACCAUCUGUACCUUCUCCGACAGCAAGGAGAGAGAGACGGGAGGAUCCGGCUCGCAGUCGAGGUAGAGCUAGGGGCAUCCGUGAUGAGAGUGGCCGUUCAGAGCCCAUUUUAGAUGAUGAUGAUGAUAAGACAAGUGAGGACGAGGAGGCAGCGAGUCCACAGUUAGAGUCAUCUGAGGAUGGAGAGAGCGAUGUUGGCUUAGAUUCUGAAAGCGAAGGUAAUGCUGAGGUCAGUUCAGUAGCUAGCUCAGACUUGGGGGCCUUUGACAACGGCGUUGAUGGUGAUAGCUUUGAGUCCAUGCUGAGGAAGAGGACGAAGAGGGCCUCUCGCUUGAGGUGGAUGGCACUGAUUUAG